AUGAGUCGAAGAUCAAGUGCUGCUAGUUUAACGACCUCUGCAAGUGCCUCUACUACAGAUGAUCCGCUAAUGCGGGAUUGCUAUGAUCUGAGACGAAGGUUAAUGCAAACUGAACAAUCGAUAAAAAAUUUAAACCCACCGUUAAAGACCAGCAGGUUAGAUCAAUCUUACGUAUAAUUUUUGCACUUUGAACACAUCUUGUAACGUGCUAAUACGUUAUUUCAUUUCAUAAUAAGUUAAAGCUUCAAAUGUCAAUUAAAAGUAAGUGUAUUGAUCUCAGAUUGUAAUCUAUUUCAUGGUAUAAAGUUUAUAUAUUAUGCAAAUAACUAAAUAUCAUGGUAUGUUUAUAUUGAAGUUGUGGCAUUUAGCGUUGUCAAUGGCACAGAGUAAGUCAAUGGCAACCAGUUGGUGGAUCACAGGGUUUCAGGGUAGCAGUUGGUGGUCAUCUUUACAAGUGUUGACACUUAGAUUAACAAAAUUAAACUACGCCUCUCAAUUUCAUUUAUUUGCCACUAGUGUCACAAAGAUACUACAUAUCAUGGAAAGAAAACAGUACAUAGCCUUCCGGAAAAUACAUCACUUUGGCUAUAGAGCCUCGUUUUUGUGUAUCUGACAUCAGUUACAGUGCGUCUACUGUAAGUGGGGCCACUUAGAGAACACUAACCAAUCGCAUUGCAGAACAGAAAGAAAAAUCUAAUCAAACUAAAGCUCGUCCAAUCAAAAGAAAGAUUCAGGAAGCCAUUAACUGCAAUGUUACUUUUACAUGUCUAUUUUUACCGUUUGACAUUCGUUUAUUUGUUCGAAUUGUUUUUGGCCUAAUGCUGAUUGGCUAAUGUGCCGUUUGUUGAUUUUUCACUUUCUGUUCUGCAAUGUGAUUGGUUAGUGUUCUCUAAGUGGCCCCACUUACAGUAGACGCACUGUAAAGGCCGCAUCUCAAUCAUGAAAACAAGGCUCUAUAGCCAAAGUGAUGUAGUUUCCAGAAGCGUGCAUACUGUCAAACUGCUAAUUGACCACCAUCUGUUGCACGAUAGUGCUCUAUAUAUAGCAUAUUACCAUUAUCCCACCUGUACAUAUCCUGUCUGUUUUUAAUCUAUAACAGUUCAUCAGUUCUACUAAAUGGAAUAACAAAUUCAGAUUCAAUUGGUAAUCUAACAGCACUGUUGCCUGACAGACAAUUACAGUAAGUUUACAGGCAGUAUUUUCAAAUGUUACAUAGUUGUGUUUGCAUGUGUGGUACUGUACUUCCCUGUGUAUGCGGCUCAGACAAGGUUACUUUAAAAGUGAGUAAAAAAUAACAAGAUGUGUGUCACAGUGUUUGUCUUGACAGCUAUCAAUCAGGGGUGGAUUUAUAGGGGGGGUGCACACCCCUGUUGGCCUUGGUCAACAGGGGUGCAAAAAAUCAAAUUCAGAAAUAUGGUGUAAUAAUAUACCCCUGGAUCCCCUAGGGAGCUCGCCUUUGGCGUUCGAGUCAUGAGGAAGCCAAUUAAUUUGAAUGCUCUACCAUCCCCUAAAGAAUUAUAAAGUGCACCAUCCCCUAAAGAAUUAUAAAGAAACACCCAGCACCCCCUAGAAAAGCCUUGCUGGAUCCCCCCUGCUAUCGAUCUGUUUGAAUGUACAAGUUCAUUCAUCACCUCCCAUUAAAUCAGACCAAUAUUGACAAUAUUUUCAUUGACUUGUUUACGUUUAGUUCUCACUCAUCAAGACCAUCUUCUGAACACUCAGAUAGACCUCCAGUACUGACCCUGGCCGACCUUAGUCCCUCGCUAUCAGAUAAUAAUAAUGAAUUACCAAACGAACGGCUCAACUCCUCAUACCACCUACCAUCUAUUCCACCUGUCAGGUCAACAAGCUCGCUCAGCGAUUCAAACAGACGAUCACAGCAUUCAAACCACAGUGGGCGAGAGGUAGUACCGCAUGAUACACGUUAACAUUUUUAAUCACUGUUCUCCUUAGAGGUCCAGUAAUGGCCAUCCCUUUUUGAUCCAGUGUUCUACAAGAGGAAACCUAAACUAAACUAACUUUAUUUAUACUGGAUAGCUUUAUCAGUUCUAAACUCAGUUCUUCCUGGAGGUCCAGUAAGGAUCAUCUCUUAUUAAUCCAGUGUUACUGCAGGAGGAAACCUAAACUAAACUAACUUUAUCUAUACUGGAUAGCUCUAUCAGUUCUAAACUGUUCUUCCUAGAGGUCCAGUAAGGAUCAUCUCUAUUAAUCCAGUGUUACUGCAGGAGGAAACCUAAACUAAACUAACUUUAUCUAUACUGGAUAGCUCUAUCAGUUCUAAACUGUUCUUCCUAGAGGUCCAGUAAGGAUCAUCUCUAUUAAUCCAGUGUUACUGCAGGAGGAAACCUAAACUAAACUAACUUUAUCUAUACUGGAUAGCUCUAUCAGUUCUAAACUGUUCUUCCUAGAGGUCCAGUAAGGAUCAUCUCUAUUAAUCCAGUGUUACUGCAGGAGGAAACCUAAACUAAACUAACUUUAUCUAUACUGGAUAGCUCUAUCAGUUCUAAACUGUUCUUCCUAGAGGUCCAGUAAGGAUCAUCUCUAUUAAUCCAGUGUUACUGCAGGAGGAAACCUAAACUAAACUAACUUUAUCUAUACUGGAUAGCUCUAUCAGUUCUAAACUGUUCUUCCUAGAGGUCCAGUAAGGAUCAUCUCUAUUAAUCCAGUGUUACUGCAGGAGGAAACCUAAACUAAACUAACUUUAUCUAUACUGGAUAGCUCUAUCAGUUCUAAACUGUUCUUCCUAGAGGUCCAGUAAGGAUCAUCUCUAUUAAUCCAGUGUUACUGCAGGAGGAAACCUAAACUAAACUAACUUUAUCUAUACUGGGUAGCUAGCUCAUUUAGUUCUCAACGGCUCUUCUCAGAUUGACAUGCAGUACUCUAGCACGAAUGGCGACGAUUAUAAUGGCAGUGACAGCGUGCGAACAAAAUUACAAAAAAUGCGGGAAAAGAAUACAUCACUUGUCACUCAGAAUAAUAAACUGAUGAGUGAGUUAGAGAAUAUGGGAUAUGACUUGCAACAAGAGAGAAGCAAGGUGGGUUUAGUACCGGCUCGUUAAAAUGCAUAAUUUGUCUGACAGCUACAAUUAAUAGCAUAAUUUACAGAGGCUAGAGUUAGGGGGGGGGGGCCUCCCCAGAGGUAGAAGAUAAUUUAAUAAGUAGUAGAGUGGUAGGGGUAUAGAAUAGGGGGAGAAUUCCGAUGAUUUCAUUUUUGAAUGCCUGAAAUGAAAAAAUGAACAAAAUUGACUUGGUUUCUGUAUGUCAAAUCACUCCCAGAAUGACAUUUCAUAAAGUGUUGAUUUGAAAAUGUUCUCCCCCCCCCCCCCCCCUAGAAUUCUAGUGCUCCCCUACCCCCAAUCAACUAAUUGCCAGUGUCCUCGUUAAUGCACUUGAUCUGCAGUAUCAGGAUUAACUCAAAGUGCUAAUCACAUCAGACGCACCCUCUGCUUCCCAAGAAAUGCAUGUUGUAUUAAUAAUUUACAGUAUGUUUCUUGGAUUUUCUUGGCUAGGUGAAGAUAUUGCACCUGGAUUUGGCAAAAGAGAAACAAGGUGUUGAUGAAUACGAAGACCGCAUCAUUACUUUAGAGAAAGAAAUAUCUUCUCAACACCAAGCUUUGAGGUUGGUGAAAAUUAUGGCAGAAUUUGAUAUACUGAUUUCAAAAACCAUUACGAGAGACAAUAGCUACGAGCCAAUAUCUGCUGUACGAUUGUGCCAGUAGUGAAAUCCACCUACAUCCUUGUGUUGGAAUUAUUUUAAAUUAUUUUUUCUCUUUACUCAAGGUUGGCAGAGGAGAAAUUCUUGCACACAAAUGACCAAUUAGAAACCAAAACUCUAGAACUUAACCAAAUCUUGAAAACAGCACAAGAUUUUCAAACAAAAUAUGAGGAAGAACUUACACUUAGCAAACAGUAAGAAUCUAUAUAUGGAGAUAGCUCAUCUAAGGCGUUUGUCUGAGGGACCAUCAGUUUUUGAGUAUAAACACAAGACAAAGUAGAAUUGCAUGAUCUAGUAUACUGGCAAUGUUUCUUGGAACAAAUCAUGUGUGAUAUUAUCCUGAUAUGUAGUUUACUAAUGCCGUAUAGUACCUGAUAGAUGGAUUGUCAGACUCAGUAUGUAGGGAACGUUGGAAUUAGCUAGCAUGGAACAAACCAUACAAUUCACUAAAUUCUUGUUGGUUGUUUUAGUUUGCAGUCGAAGUUAGAAGAAAGUUUACAGAAUAUGGAACAACUGACGGCCAAAAUGAUGGAAGAUAAAGACAGAGAAAAACAACAAACAAAACUGGUAGGAUUUUUAAAAUUAAACAACUAAUAGGAGCGCUAGAACAAUGUCAACCACAACACAGGAGCUACAACUUUGCAUUUUCUAGUAACAUGAAGUUAUGUAAAUAGAAAUAAAACAGGAAUUGACAGUUUCAAGUGUUCCGCAAGUUUUGAGUGUCCUGAAUAAGAUUCUUCUUUUGUAAGAAAGAAUGAAACAGUUUCUCAUGCAUAACAGGUCUUUUUCAACGCCAAUACAGCAGUCGUUUGAAACUGUUGUGGUGAUUUUAUUUUUUCAGAGAUGUGAAGAGAUGGAAAAGAUGGAUCGGGAAUUGAAUGAACUAACAAAUGAAAGAAAUGCGUUGCUGGGUCAAAAUACAUCGCUGGAAGGACAACUCACAGAGCUGAGAGAAGAAAUCAGGUAAUUGCCUAGACACUCAGGCAAAUGUUUCUCACAAAUGUUUCCUGGUUUGUCCAUCUUUGGGAAACAUGGCUUGGUUUGCCCACCUUUGAGAAACAUGGCUAGGAAACAAUGUUUCCUGGUUUGUCCACCUUUGUGAAACAUGGCUAGGAAACAAUGUUUCCUGGUUUGUCCACCUUUGGGAAACAUGGCUUGGUUUGUCUACCUUUGAGAAGCAUGGCUAGGAAACAAUGUUUCCUGGUUUGUCCACCUUUGGGAAACAUGGCUAGGAAACAAUGUUUUCUGGUUUGUCCACCUUUGGGAAACAUGGCUAGUAAACAAUCAUCACUAUGUUUCUUGGUUUGUCCACCUUUGAGAAACAUGGCUUGGAAUCAAUGUUUCCUGGUUUACUCUGUGUCUAAAUAUUGAAUCAAUCUCUUUAGCUUGCUACAAUCAGAGGGCGUGGUCAGCGAGGAAUACAAGAGCUCCCUGGAGAGAGACAAUGUGGAACUGAGGUCAACUGUAGCUCGACAGAGCCAGAGAGUUGGUCAACUCGAGAAGAAAUCACCACGAGAGGACGACACAGCUGGACUUCAGGAGAUCAUCAGAUUACAACAUGAGAAGAUACAGUAUUAUCAACAAGAGAUUGAACAGAGCAAGCAGGACAUGGUCAGAUUAGAAGGUUUGGUUCAGAGAGUGCAAGAAGAAAGUAUGAGACGCGAGCUUUAUCAAACACCACCGGUAGGUUCGAUUGAUAUGCAUUUCUUUGUAGUGGUAGGGAUGCUUAACAUCAUUCCUUGCAGCUAAACGAUGCAGUUCAAGUUGAACGCUUACUAGGACACCGCUGGCUGGCAACAAUACAUUAACUCAUGUCUGAUCGCGGAACAUAGAUAUAAGGUGGGGAAAAGUUCGAAAGAAAGGGGAGAAUCAACCACAAUUGUAUUUAAAUCUUCAACCUUUAGUAACAGGCUUGACUCGGGCACAACAGCGCGUUGGCUACAUCUGACACUCGCUAUAGCUAACCAUAAAUAGAUGAUCUCUGUUACACGGCUAAAAACGCACAGGUUGUUCCAAAUUGAUAUCGACAGUCGUGAACAAUGUUGUGCCGCCAACUAUGAACAAGUUGUCUGCAACCAUGUUGUUCCAAGUUGUUACAGUUGAACAACGCUGUAACAACAUGUUGACAAUACUGUUCAAAGUGGGCCGCACAACCUUGUUCACGCCUGUCGAUAUCAACCUGGAACAAGUUGUCGAUUUUCUCAAUUUUUACGCGUGUACCGUUCUUUAUAUAGGCUGUCGACAGCGGUAUCAGUUCCAGUAAAGGUAAAUAUUUCUAUUAUAUAAAAACACUUUCUUCAAAAACUUAUUUCUACUGAUUGGCCAUCACAUAGAGAUAACUUUAACCUAUCAUGACAAAUCGAAAUAUUUUCUAUCCGUCUCUUAAAGACGCAGGGACGAUGACAGGUCUGAGAUCCGAGUUAUCAUUUAUCGCGGAACGAAACAGGAUCAACGAUCGUAAACAGCAGCAAUUGGAACAGAUUAUAUCAGAGAUGGAGGACCAAGCAGCAUCGUAUUCAACCCAGCUAAUACAACUGGAAGAAAGGCUGGCGGAUAAAGACAUGAUGGUGAACAGUUUGGAAGGGAAAGUGAAUGAAAAAAAUGUCCGCUUGGUCGAAGUCAAGGCUGAGUUGGACAGCACGUUGGAUAAGAAUAACCAACUACAACGCGAGGUGAGAUUAUGGGGAGGAAUUUGGCAGUAGAUGAAACCACGUACGAUAUGCGUUUCCAUCGCGUGCGAAUUGCGGGCGAACUAACAUGGCCAGAACGGUCAAAUUGUUGAAUGGAACACAAAACAUUUGGGCUUCCGACCUAUCUGACCGGAAAAUUUAGAUAACAUUAGAAUGAGGUCCAUUUUCGCUAGAUAUUUGAGAAACGUUGACCAGAUCUUUCCAUUUGAUACAGAGACAAAAAUUCAGGAUUAAAUGGAAAGCGCCGUAAAGUCUGUGGCAUCAACUAUUUCGUAAAAAAUGAUAUUUCGUCACAACUUUUUUCUUCAAGAUUGGUUUAGAAACAAAUUUGGAGUAGGGUUAGAUUAGGGUUAGAGUUAGUGUUCGGAGUAGGGUUAGUGUUAGUAAAACCGUUGCUUUGUUACAUUUUGUCACUCUGAGGCCAGCGAAAUAAUCUCUUUCAAAGUAUGUUCCUUGAGUAGUGCCCAUUGAUAUUUACCCAGGUCCAAAAGAAAAGUUUGGAGAUUAGAAACAUUGAUGGAGAGCUGGAUCAGAAGAUAUCAGAACUGGGAACGUGUGCCAGCAGAGUGCAUGACUUGGAACAGAAUGUGGAAGAAAAACAGAACUAUAUCGAUGAACUGGAGUCAUGUCUGAAAACCAGAGAGGCAGAGGUGACUGAACAAUGUAACUUGUUGGAUAACACACGGAGUUUGCAUACGGAACAUUGUCGGGAAUUGGAAAGACAGAUUGAUCAGGUUUGAUUUAUUAAAGUUUUGCUAUCAUUUAUGAGUUCGUACAGGGAUGGAUUUACUGGGGGGUGGCGCACCCCCCUAGCCCCGGACAGGGGUGCUAUUUUUCAUGAUAAAGCAAAAAAUUAUUAGAGACAAAAUGAGAUACAGUAAUUUGAGUAAUAACAUGUUGAUAAGCGAACUGUGAACAACAAUUACAAUUCAAAUACUGUAGUCAAGCAAGACUUUGCAGUAGUGAAGCAAGUUGAUGGGCGGCACACAUGACCGACACAACUUGGCACCAGAGCUGCCCCCUCCCCCCCCUACCAGAUCAUGCUGGAUCCAUCCCUGAGUUCGUAGCCGGGAUUUAUUGAGCACUAUCGUACAGUAGAUGGUCAACCUGCAGUUAUCAGAGUGACAAAAUAGAAUGUUCUUUUCUUAAUCAUUUAGCUUCAGAGAGAGUAUGAAGGCAAAAAUAAUCAAGUCUCACAGUUGGAUACAGUGCUAAAAGGUGUGUAUGGAGAAAUGUUUCCCAAACAUCCAGAAACCUAAUUUGUUUCCCAAUUGUGAUUUUUGUUGUGGAAACAUUGAAAUGCUUCUAGGUUUGUCCACCUUUUGGAAACUUGGCUAGAAAACAAAGUUUCACUCCCUUCGGGAAACUUGGCUAGGAAACAAUAAUCAUAAGAACACGUUUUCAACAAUAAAGUUUUUUAGUUGCUCAAGUGACCUUAACUAUAACAACAUCUAUACGAAAGAGCCACAAACGUCUUAUAAAUAUGUUGUGUUCUUUAGCUUGCCGACAAGAUGUAACAGUAAAAACUUCUCGUGUACAAGAACUCGAGAAAGCAGUCACUGAGCACCAACGUGAGCUGCAACACAGACAAAACCAGAGCAAGGAAUACGAACAAAAAUUGUCACAGUUACAGGAAAAAGCGACAGUUGAGAGCGAGCGAGGAGUGAAAUUAGAUAAAGCCUUACAGGAAUGUCAACAAGAAAUGAAAGCUCAUAUUGAACGGCUGGCUGAAGUGAAGGAGCAGCAUGAAUACGAGUUGAAUAGCAAGAUAGCUGAGGUAUAGUUUAGGUGCAUGAUUUUUAUAUUGAUACCUCUAUCAGUUCUAAACUGUUCUCCCUGAGCAGCCACACUUGAAUUAAACUGUUCCUGCUGUAGGUCCAGCAAUGACCAUCCUUUAAUUGCAGACACCCUUUCCAGAAAGCUACCUUUACAUUGUGAUCAGUAAAUGGUUAGACUUUCGCGUCUUCUCAGAUAAGGACUUUAAAAUUGUAGGUACCUCGGAUCCCCUAUCAAUUGGACAACAGCCUGUUGCAUCAAUUAGUGAGAAACUCGAUGGACUUAAUAUCAGCAUAUAUCUCCUUUCUUUAGGUCUCCAAACUGCAGGAAAUUUUAGAACAACAAAAAGAUGAAUACCGUAAGAAAUGCAAGGAAUGUGAACUUUUGGAACAGACACUAACAGAACGAAAUGAACUUUUAAGACAAAACCAAAAACAACUAAGCGAACACGAACAUAACCUAACUCGACUUAAACAAGAAGCUGGUAUCCUAGAACUAGAGCUGAAUCGCGAGAGAGAUACGAAUCGUGAAGAGGUUAGGAACUUACAUGCGUUGUUGGAAAACGCUAAACGAGACCUAGACGAAAGAACGAGACAGUUAAAUGAGCUGAAUACUUCCCUAGUGGGUGUCCAUAAAGACAUGAAACAAAGCUCGUCGCAUGUUGUAGAUUUAGAACAACUUUUGCAACAAACGAGAGAUGUUUUAGCGAAAAAAUGCGAAGAGGCGAACGACUUAGCUGCUAGCUUGAAGGAUAGGGGUAAAGAGCUUUGUAGUAAAGUUGAAAUGAUUAAACAUUUGGAAGAAACGGUUACAGAAACAAGGAAAUCAUUCGAUGAAGCCCAGGAAAGUUUGAAGCAAACUAAAGUUAAGUUGGCUGAAAGGGAUGGCCAAGUUUCGACGCUUGACAGCGAGCUGAGUAAGGCACAGGGGGAGAUUUCUGGUACGGCAAAGCAGUUGGAGGAAUUGAAGAUAGUUUUAGAAGAUAGCAAGAAGGAGGUGCGAGACAAAGAUCAACAGAUGGAUGAUUUGGGAGAUAGAUUGAAUAGAAGUGAAGAACUGUUGGAGAGGAAAGAUCGCGAGAUGAUGGAAAAGGAUGCAAAGGUCACAGAACUUGAUCAGACUGUCAGGGAAUGUCAGUGGGAGCUGAAACAAAGAGUUUCCGAGGUAAGUCACUGCUACCAAGCAUUUUAUUCUGGUCAACCUGUAGGUAUCAGAGUUUCAGAGGUAAAUCGCUGAACUAAAUUGGUUGGACAUUUUGUCCAGGAAAAAUGAACAAUCAACCUUCUCGAAAGACUGGGUCAACCAUAAGCCGCUUGCAAUCAUCCCGCAAAGAACAAAUGUAAACAAUUUAACUUACCUAUACUGGCUAGUAUUUGGCAUAAAGUAUUAUAUGUUGACUUAAUUUACCAAACGAAGACAUGGAAGUAUUAUAUGUUGACUUAAUUUACCAAACGAAAAGAUGUUCGACCAAAUUUGAAAGUUUCUGAUCAAAUUUCAUUUUGGUUGGACAUUUUUCCCGACAUUAUUUCAGGCUCAAAACGUGUUAAAAAUGCUAGCUGGAAAGCACCCUUGCUAAAAUGCACCAAUCAACCUCGUACCCAGGCUAUUUUCUCUCACACACGGCCACUAAUAUCAAACAACAUGUCUGUAUUCUUUCAGAUGAGUAAGCUGGACAUCUCAAUCAAAGAACAACGCAGUGAUCUGAAACAAAAGACAAAUGUCCUGGAACACUCGCUCAGUCAAUGCCAGUAUGAACUGAGUGAGAAGACAUUGGAGGUACGAUCGUGCGAAAAUAAUGCAAUCUAAGUUGAUUCAGCUUCGAUCCCAUGUAUUCUAGGAAUAAACUGUUUCUAGGAAUUCACUCAAACCUUGUGUUUUCUUUCAGUUGAGUGAACUGAAGGCGAAAUACGCACAAGGUCAAGAACAGAUCAAACAGAAGACCGUUCGUUUGGAAUACAUGGAAAACACGAUGAAACAGCAACAGCAAGAACUGAGGAAACGCCUUGAUCAAGUUGCUGAAUUUGAAAAGGUUUGUGCUCCUAAAUUAUCCUAGAAAUUACAGUGAAUCAUUCAAUACGUGUUCUUAUUAUCCCAUGCAGUUUGAAAAUGGUACUUCAAGAAAGGCUUAGCAGCAUCCAUGAAUAUUGAUGUACUUUUAUUCUUCAGGAAUUUACGAAACUUCAAAGGGAAUCGGACGAUAGAACAGAGAUCACACAAGAGCUUCGCUUGGCGAGAGAACAAGUUCAAAAUACGGUUAGUUCAAGAGAUCAAACCAUAGUAACACUGCGAAUCCAACAUGCAAUGACCACAUCACAAACCACAACCGAAAUUAAUGUAUCAGGUAACUCCACCACUGACAGAAAUUGCCAAGCACGACCGUAGCACUAAUUACACAUCGCACAACGUAUUUUGUAGCACUCGGAGUUGCUGGAUGCCCGACGUAAACUCUUACGAUGCGAACAGAAGGAGCAUGAGUAUUUGGACGAACUUAAGGAAGCACACGCACUUUUAACCAACAAGGAAGAGGACUGUACGCGCCUUGCGAAAGACCUGGGCGCUAGUCAAGUCCGCGAAGCUCAGGCGGAGGCGAAAUGCGUACAAGAAUCACGUCGAGUGGAACAACAGUAUUCGAUGAAAGUGAGCAAUUUGGAAAAUGAGGUAAACUACUUUUAUUUACAUAACUGCAUGUGGUAGGAAUCAAAACAACGCUACUUCAUGUAAGAUGAAGAAAAUAUGAAACCUUCACCUAAGCUAUAGAAUUAUGAUCACUAAAACCUAAGAGUAGUUUUUGGCGAGGGAGGAAAAUCAGAGUACCCGGAGAAAAAGUCUCGAAGCACAGGAGGGAAUAGACCAAGAGAGCCUGUUCGCAGGUUGAGGAGAGAACUAACUUAGUACACACAGUCAUACCACUUAACCAGAUGAUUUCUUGGCUUUCCUGAUGCCAGGAGCAGAAAUGGAAAUAACUCCAGUCCAGGCUAUGCGAUUUACAGACUGCAUGUGUCCAUAAAUACAACAUUUUAACCAGCAUUGUAUUCCUCCCAGGUUGAGAAGCUCCGGGAGAACCACAGUAAGCUAUUCUCUCAGAAAGAAGAGGCGGACGCCGCUCAUCGCUUGAACAUUCAGAACUUACGAGAGAAGGAGAAAGGAAAUGAAAAAGAAAUAAAACGACUCCAGGAAGAGCAGAGAGCGUUUAGUGAUCAUGUCAUGAAUUUGAAACAUCAGAUUGAGGAAAUGGAAGACGAAGUUCACCUUGCGAAUGAAACGAUUAUUAUCAAGGAAUCUGAGGUAGGCCGUUGUUUUUUUCUUUAUGCAUUAUGUAGGGGACUUUCAAUCAUUGCUAGUAAAACAUUUUGAGCUGAUUGAGUUUCUCACACUUUGGUCAGCGGAUUUCCCAACAGGCUAUUGUGCAAUUGAUCCGAGGUACCCACGAUUUUAACGUCCUUAUCCGAGAAGACGCGAAAGUCUAACCAUUUACUGAUGUCCAAUGUAAAGGUACUUUCUCGUCAAUUAUUUUAAGAGCUUGAGCAGAGGUGAAGGAUUGAAGCCAGGUCUCCCAGCUUGAAGGGCAAGCACCACGACACCAUAUGUGCUGGUUAUAGUAAUCAUCCAGUGUAUCAUCUUUCUUCCUAGAUCACACGACUGCAAGCUAAGGUCUCGGGGUAUGAACGAGCCACAUUUGGUUCAAGACUAAACUUCAACCCGCCUCACACAUAUACACCCGUAUCUCGUUCCCAAGCCCCCGUGGUUCGUUCCCAACCACCCAGUCCAGCCCGCACAUCACAGACACCCUAUCCAAGCUAUCAAUCACCAGUCAAGAGAAGCAGUUCUGCGCAUGACCUACACAACAUAUCCGCUGGUCUAGUAUCAUUCAGUUCGCCGGCUCAACAAGACACCGCUGACUUAGAAAGAUCUCAGACGUAUUCCCAGCAUUCUACGCGGUCGUCAGCUCUGAAUCAAAGCGAUACUUUUGAGAGAUUGUUCGACCAAGCGAGGUAUGAACUACAGCAUGGCAAUAAACGCGGCCCUAAGCCUGAAACAUGGACGAAUCUUGAAGACGAGGAAAGAAGGGAAAAUGUAGAAAGAUCUUCAAAAGCAGACGAAGAUACGCAGUGA